UGUUUUCUUAAUCAAACAAAAAAACGAUAAGCAAUCUUCUUCUACUCCUAGUCAAACGCCUCCUAAUAAUAAUCAAGACCCUCCAUCCAAAAAUCCCAAAAGUUCGGCCGAGCAAAUCAAGGAGAAGUUAAAAACUUAUUUAAAAAUAGAUAAUUAUCUGAACUUGCCAGAAUGUCAAUCUGACGGUGAUAAACUUGUGGUUGUUUUAUACAAGGAAGGGAAAGCGGUCGGCAAGGAAAAUUAUUCUUUUGCGACAAUGACGGAAAAAGAUAAGCAAGAAAUUGAAGAAUUAUCUCAGCAAAUCCUUUUCGGACGACCCGGAAAACCGGAGCAAAAAUAUUGGGAGUUUACUAGCAAGAAGAAUCAGGAAAUUAUUUCGGUCUUUAUUGUUGAUAACCAUCCAGCCUUAAUUAAUCUUACUAUCCACAAAAGAAAACUUUAUUUAGCGACGGGAAUUGACAAAAUAAAAAUCGAAAUAAUUUCUAAAAACGGCCUAGAUUUUAAAUGUAAAUUUGUCGAAUUAGAGGACCAAAUUACGUUUGCUCCUUUUUCUG